AUGUUGCAGACGAGUCUGCCAACGGUACGCUCAGAGCUGGGGCCCACGACCACCCUCCCCGCGCUGUUCGAGUGGCGAUUCUCGCCCUCCACGCAUUUGAGCGCCUCGCGGCACCCAGCGUCAAUCUAUCUGAGCCCGGGUCACGGUCCGAGCAGUUUGCUCAGUCAGCACAUCAAAAACGGAUCGCAGAGAUUCAACCACACGAUCGUCGCCGUGGGCGGCUCUGAUCGCCGCCUUUCUCAGGCGGCCCACUUCGGACUGCAUGUCGACGUUCUGCUGAGGACGUUUCGCAUCGUGUAUUGGGAAACCAUUGACCACGUCGUCCCCGGCCUCCGACCACUACCCACACUGUUCACCGACCGAUACCUCCGCGACGCUGGCCCGUCGGUGGCGGAGGCGAUGCGUGGCGCGAGCCUCGACGACACGUCAAAGCCGCUCUGGCUCUUUGCGUCCUGGGGCCGCUACCAGCCGCAGCUGGAUCGCAGCCCGAACUGCCGAGAUCGGCAGGCAGCCGUGAGGUGGCUGCAAGGCAUGGCGAACGCCUCGUGGAUCUCAAAGGGCAAACGGAGUCCGAAAGAGUACUGGCCCAUCCUCGCGCGCCACCGAUUCGCGCUCUCCCCCUCGGGGCUCGGCAUCCAGAGUCCAAAGACCUACGAGGCGCUCGCAGUGCUGACGAUCCCCAUCUGCCACCGGACCAACCUGGCGUACGCGCAGCUGGCCGCCGAGGGGUGGCCGAUUGUCCUGGUCGACAGUUGGGAGCACGUCACGAUUGCAAACAUGCAGCGCUGGUGGGCAUCUCUCGCCCACAAGCUGAGGGGAGCGCGUUCGUGCUUUGCCGACAAGGGCCGCAUGUACCGGAUGCUCGUCUCCGGGGAGACGAUGGGCUCCUGCAUCCAAACGGCAGAGCACCUGCAUCUGAGGCCGUCUCAUGAUACAAGAGAAGGCGCCCGCCUCGCUGCUUCUCCGGGGCGUAGGCGGCGAUAG